CGAGCACCUCAGGAAAAAACCUACCUACCUACCCACCGCCUUCAUCCUACCGUCUUAGCCAUCCCAACACCGCAACCACACCUCCUCGCCCUCUCGCCGCUCUUCCACACACCCACCCUCGACCCCAACCCCUCACCCAGACCCAAUCCGAUCCAACCCGCGCGCGCAGAGAAAAAGAAGAAGAAGAAGGAAGAGACCGAAAGGAGCCCGCCGUGAUGCAUCUCAUGUACACAGUCGACGGCAGCGGCAAGCGCGUGUACACGCUGAAGAAGGUGCUGCGCGGCGAGGUGACCAAGUCGGCGCACCCGGCGCGCUUCUCGCCCGACGACAAGUGGUCGCGCCAGCGCGUCACCCUCAAGAAGCGCUUCGGCCUGCUGCUGACCCAGCAGAAGAACAAGGUCGCCGAGACCCAGCGCUGAGGCGCCGCCGGGCGACCCUGCGGGACGAGCGCCCCGUUUGGCCGCCGCGCGGAGACGUCCGCACACUUCUACACGCCUAUGCGCCUGAGCAGCCGGCUCUCCUCUCGCGAGCGCGCCAGCACGCGGGCGACCGCGUCCCGGCCCCCCCCCUCCCGCUUUCCGCCUUCCGUCCGG